UUUAUUGUACUGUAAGUUUAUGGGAUUUUUUUGAUUUACUAGUUAGAAAGUGUUUUCAAUUUAACAAGUAUCUGAAAAAAUCACAGAUCAUAAUUCUGUAAAUUUGCUCUGUAGAACUUUAUAACACUCGUAAGAACGUCUGGGAUUCAUAGAGACUGUCUGUGAAAAGCUGGGAGACAUCAGUCUUGCCCUUAUGCACUGUCACGUUCUGUCUUGAUCCGUGAGAACAAAGGAGUUCUAGAUAAUUACUUGUCAGGAUGUUUAGUCUUCAUGGGUUCUGAGCCAAAGCCUCUGAAGCCAAAGGGAAGGACUCCUGUGAGCUUCAGUGAGCGCUCACCGUUUCACGCCAUUUUCACUGCCUGGAAUACUUGGAGAAGGUGCGGUGCGUAGUGCUGCUGGCCGGAAUGCGCAGGGCAGCGGCUGUGCUGGCGCGGUUCUGGCAGCGGGCUCGGUGCGGGGGGUGGCUGUGCUGGGGAGGGCGUCUGGGGUUCGCAGGCCACAGGCGUCGCGCUGGGCACGGCCGCUCAAGGAGGGCGAGGCAGAAAGGGUUCCCAAGUCUCUUGGACCACUAAUUAGUUGCUUUCAUUUCCCAUGCUCAGGUGCUCUUUUGGAAAAGUAGCCGUGCAAAGCCAUGCUCCUGUCUUCUGUGCUGAAGAAUUACAUUUCCUUUUUCUCCUUUUCAACUUCAUCAAUAUUAAAAUCUGCAGUCUAUUUAAAAAUUACUCGAUGGAUUGCAGAUCAUUAGUCUAUACCGUGUUCAUUUGUGUGCCAACACUGACCUGGAACACCUCUGGUGAAAACGAGCAGUCAUUCUCCAUGCUGCAUUCACCUCUGCUAAUUAAUUGGACUUGGGGUGGUGUGCUUUUUUGCAAAAUGGUCAUCGAACGGGGUAGGAGCUGAUCUGAGAAGAGGAACUUAUUACAAAAGCCUACCAGGAGCAAGCACGAGCUAUCGGUUCGUGGCUCUUUCUCCAGAGCUACCGGCCACUGCGUGGGCAGAAGCCGGGGCGUCCUUACGCACUUGAGAAGUCAUCUUUCCUGACUUGGGCGUUUUACCGAAUCAGGACAUUGUUAACUCUGAGGAUAUGUGUCUUAUCGCUGGGAGUCAUUUCACAAUGCCAGUCAUCUGUCUCCCGUACAUACAGAUUUGCUCCUCCACUGGAAAAAAAAAGGAUUUGAAAAGCAAAAACAUGGGAGGAAAUCAGGACCAGAGAUGUUGUGUUGGAUGAGGGGUUUGACACUUUGUGGAAAUAACAGCAAUAUUGAUUCUCAAAAGCCCUACCAGGAACAUGAACAACGUGUUCUUCUGGAGAAUUCUCAGGUUGUAAUUACAUCUUAGAAGCUGGUACGUGAGAGAAGGAAAUAACGUAGUGGUUUGGAGCUUGUGCUGGUCAGAGCGCUGUUGUGAGCUGCUCCAACCCUACGGACAGUGCUGUGGAGUUACAGAGAAUUCCCCUUAACGUUCCCUUUUGCCAGGUCUCAGAUGACUAAGCCAAAAUUAAUCAUUAUAAAAACAAGAUGAGGCAAGAACAUGCUUUUGAAGAAAAAUGUUCCUAUUCCUGUCACUGCAGCGAAGUCCACAGUGUGCACCGGCUCCCUCGCCGGGGUGGCCGUGCUCCCCGCGCCCCCUCGCUGCAGCAGUGCGGUGCGGCGUGUGCUCUGAGAAGCCCUGGGCACAGGCUGGGAAGCCCAGGCUGGGUACCAGGAGACGCCUUUCCCCGCGACGCCAGAGCGGGUCGCACACACACGCUGUCAGUCCCUUCCUUGGGAGCUUUCUAGAGCAGCUGGACCGAGCCCUGAGCAACCCGGUCUGAGCCCAGAGCUGCCCGGUUUGGAGCGGGGCCUGGGCCCCAUGGCGGCCGGGCCCCCUUCCACCCUGCCUGUCCCGCAGUCCUGGGCGUGGGACUUCCUUUACUGACUCCAUUCCAGCCACGGGAGUUGUGUGAGGAUGGAUUGUCGACCACUGAAAACCGAGACGGUGCAGAGCGGGUCUGGGGUGUCAGUUUCCAGAAUACAGGCUUGUCUGUUGGCUUAGCGAUAGCGCAGAACCACAGUCAGGUGGUACAAAAGGUGGAUCAGCAAUGUGAUCAGCAGAACGAGACUGAGCGUUUAUGUGUGAGAAACGUUCGUUUGGCUGUUUCCUUCUUGAUCUACUCACGCAUUUAAUCCCUUCUCUUGUCAAACAGCUUUUGAGAAAAGCUUCCUGCUGGUCACUUAGGAGAAAUGAAUCAUGGAGAGGAAAGAUCCCAGAGACCUGGGUAGAAGAAUGACCAGACGGAAAGACAGACAUGUUUCACCCCCGGAUGUUCACAUCACCAAAUUUUCCGCUCUGCCCCGGCACCGUCAGCCGCGCAGCCCUGCGCUGCCCAGGUCAGGAGAUGGCAAAUGGAACUUUGCACUUUUCAUCCUCUGCUGCUGCUUUUUAAUGCCUUCAAUCCGCAGAAACUUAAAAGUAGUCCAGACAGUAGAUUUGGGAUCCUACUUGUAUUUACACAUUUUAAAGUGCCAAGACCUGAGUCUUUCAAUUCACUUUUGAUUAAACGUUAUCCCCACUAUGAAGAACAUUUCAAAAUAACAAAGAUGCCAGUGAAGAAGGUGCUGCAGUGAGUGGUAAAUACAUGAAAAUCCUUAAAGCCACAGUAAACAAUCAGAACACUAAACCAAAGAAAUGGUUUUGCCAUCCUGCAAAGUUUGAGAGAAGAUUCAAACCAAAUAAAUAUCCUUUGGGAAAGGAAAACCACAGCAGUGUAAAAGAAGAAACUACCAGAAGCUUCCAAUAAGGACAGUGAAUCUGCUGAGGUUCCAGAGCAUAAAGGCAGGAAGAGUUAGUGAGAAGCUCCAUUGUUUCACUGAGGCAAUAUUGAUUUUAAGACAUACGGUGCCUGGGAGCUGGUUUCCAUGGACCAGCUUUCUGUGCGUGUGAGUGUGGAAGGCCAGAAGUCAAUCGAAGGGCUAACGCGGGAAGCAGAGGAUGUUUCCUCAGGAGAAUGCGAUGCAUGAACAGCAGAGGCGACAGAUUGUAAAUGCAAACAGAGCAUUUCAUCCUCAGCACGGGAGGAGCACGUGGAGCCCGAACAAAUCUUCUAACAGGCAAGUGCUUAUGGGCUGCAUUUUGAAUUUGUGACAUCAUAUGCAAAGUUUCUGAAAGAUCAUCAUGGAGGCGUCUCACAUAAGUAGAAAAUAGUUAAAUUAGUGAGAAAAAAGUCACUAGUAAUUUACAAAAAGCUGGGACAGCUGAACAUCAUCUCCUGGGGUUACACGAAGUCAGGAAAAGCAGCUGUUAUCACCAGCUUUGCUCAGUGUGAUGUUUCUAUGAAGACUCAAGGUGUCCUGAUCUCAGAGGAGCCGCCUUCCAAACAGAGCUGCUCUUUAAAGUGCUUUUAAGAAUACAGCUUCUUGAGCUGAUGCAGAAUAUUGCAGUCAAUCCAAGAAUAUGGCUUGAUUUGAAUGAAAUUGCAGAAAGCUUGUUGUUGAGGCUCUGGGCCGUCACGGCUCCGGAGACAAACCAGGUAUUAACUCCAAAAGGCAGCAUGGCUGGAAUGCCACUGAAUAGGUUACACGUUCUGCUCUAAAGGGCAUCUCUUUCAUCAGAGUUAAUACAAGAAAAGCAACUGGUUCUUGCAUUUUGCUGUGGCAAAGGCAGACGUGGCUGUGCAAAAAUAGGAAACGUGUGGAAUUGGUUUUCUGAGGGAGGAACUUUCCGAGCACUUUAGAAUAUUUGGAGGAAGAGUGAACUUAUGUAGUUAAUCUGAACUCCACCCAAGCAAUGAAUGGUGUUCUCGUGUUUUUAAUAUACAGAGGGUGUUUCACUAUCAAUUUCAGUGAGUAAAAGAGCAAGUCCUGUUUGAAAAGCUGGAGUGAUUAAGCAGUUUGCUGAACAGCUGUACCGCAGCCGACUCUAAACAGCUCCUGUGGGGAAAGAAAUUUCUCCUGCUCUGGUCACCCCAAAGCUCCUUUCUCGUAUGCAGUCCCCACAUAGCCCUUCCUUGGCUCCGGCCAUCCCCGAGCUCAGGGAAAUAAGGAGGCUGAAUAGCGAAAGCUUGGAAACCAUUGGACAUAGUUGUAUUAACUUUAAUUUCUGCUCUGAUGUGUUCUUUCUUACAGUACUGGACAUUAAGAUUCCCCGUGUUCUGUAGAAAAGAGAGGUCAGAUUUAAUAAGAAAGGGAAUGACCCAAACAGAAUAUUUGAGCCCUAAGGAAAAGGCAAAUGUGCAGAAUGGUGUAACCUUGUUCUGGGGAGUUUCCUUUCAGCUCAGGCACUUUUGAGAUAAGUAGAGCUGCACUCACGCUCAAGCAGCUAUAACUGUCUGUAUAGCUUGGGAAGUGCUGUGGUGGAUCAGAAGCAAGGUAGAAAUUUGUGACAUGGCACUUGAUCACACAACUCACGCAUUAUUCCUGCCUGCUAAUUAGAUGUCUGGAAUAUUUUAAACAACGGGAUGUCAAGUAACAAUUCCAGUGAGAGGAAGGGCAUCACAUUUAAAAAAACACUGGCCCAGGUGGCCAAGAGGCCCCCAGCGUCCUGGCCGGUGCCAGCACUGUGUGGCCAGCAGGCCCAGGGCAGCCGCUGUCCCUGUGCUGGGAACGGGGAGGAAGAGCCGCCAGUCCUGGGUGGUUCUGGGCCCCUCAGCUCGGGGCUCAGAAUGGCGGGAUCACCUCACGCCAAGAAACCCUUGAGGUGCUGGAGCGAGUGGAGAGAAGGGAACGGAGCUGGUGAGGGGCUGGAGCACAAGUGUGAUGGAGACUGAGGGACCUGGGGGUUCAGCUGGAGAACAGGAGCUGAGGGGAGACCUUCUGAUCUCUGAACUGCCUGAAAGGAGCUUGGAGCCAGGGGGGUCGGGCUCUGCUCCCCAGGAACAAGCACCAGGAGCAGAGGAAACGGCCUCAAGUUGUGCUGAGGAGAUUUAGAUUGGAUAUUAGGAGGAAUUUCUUCAUGGAAGAGGUUGUGGGGCAUUGGGGUGGGCUGCCCAGGGAGGUGGUUGCACCCGUGGUGCUCAGGGACGUGGUUCAGCUUGGCUGUGUUGGGUUAACAGUUGGACUUGGUGAUCUUAAAGGUCUUUUCCCCCCUAAAUUAUUCUAUGAUUUUUAAAUAGAGAAACUAAACACAGAAGACGAAAGUGCCUUGACCAAGCUUGUCCGGUAAAACUGUUGCAGAUAAAGAGGGAAUGUGUGUUUCCUUGUUUGUCUGGCAGCCUUGUGCUCUAUUUCUGUAGAUCUUUGAUCAGCACCUGUAAAUCUUUCUCUAGUUAUCAUUCUAACAAUUUUGACCUUGUGUUAAUCAGCAGAUGUAAGAAUUGUUCUCAAUUUGAAACCAGUUCUAAACAGUUGCCUUAUAACAGUUACAGCUGAUAUAAGCAAAUAACUGGGUCAGCAGCCCUUGGGAGCGCACUGGGCUGGGGCUGCCGGGCAGCGCUGGGGCCGCCUCUGCGUCACCCGCACCGAGGCACCCGCACCGAGGCACCCGCACCGAGGCACCCGCACCGAGGCACCCGCCAUGGUAGCGUGGAAAUGUCCGCGUUGUCUAAAAUUGAGAAUCAGUUGGAUAAUCUCAUCUCGAUCAUGCAGCUUUCGUUGUGGCGCUCACCCACACAGCACGGUGUGAACAGGUAUUGCUUCAGGGAGCUGCAGUUUGCUGCCAGCUUUUCUAGUACACUGGAAAAGCACAAAGGGACAAACCUCACAGGCAGGAACCGAUAGAACACGGAGUGCUGGAGAGGAAGAAAUUCUGCAAAUACUCUGUUGAGAAAGAACCUUUUAAUACUUGAUUAAAAGCAAGGAAGUAAUAUAUUUACAUUAAACUUGAAACACCUGUCCUUAGUUAUAAUCGCCUGUUAAAGUCCUUUACUGGUCCAUAUCCUAAAGCUCUGUGGUUCUGUUAAAUUCCUCCUCAAGUUGCUUACUGUCUUUUACAGCUGCUGGUGUAAUAUACAGGAGAAUGGCCAUCCCGGGAUCAAACCCGUAGGAGCUCUCUCAGGAUUUUGUUAGUUUAGCUAAGAGCACGUGCAAGGCUGCAGGAGCUCCUCAGCGCGGCCGCUGUCCCCGUCGCUGCGCAGGCAGGAAUGAAGGCUGCAGCGCAGCGUGCAGGAAGCAGGGGAUGCUCGUCACCUCAGAACCGGCCGCAGCUCUCCCUCACUCAUCAGGUUGUGUAACACCGCAGCGCAUCAGCCACGCAUCAGCUACACGCCCUCCGUUCUGAAAGAAACGCCGACGGGUUGGGAUUCCCCUUUGUCUGCAAUCCAUGGGCAGCCUUAAUCUGCUGUUUUGCAUACAUGGUCCUGGAGUAUAAAAUGCAUCUGCCUCCCGGGAGGGAUGCAGAGCCGGAGGGCGAGGAGGAGGCGCGGCAGGAGCCGUCCGCAGCAGCACCCGCGCACAGCAGCGCUGCCCGCGCCGCCCGUCCCGACCGCAGCUCCCGGCUGAGCUCAGGAGGGGUCGCACGCCCUGGGAGUAAAGCACAGGGGUCCAGGCUGUCCUGCUGCUCCGAAAACCUCAUCACCCUCUCUGCUGCCUUAAAGAGCUGUUCCCACCUCACACACGAGAUUUCAGCACUGAACUGAAGUCACACAUAAAGCGUUACAAAAUGAUGUGCCCAUGGCAGUUUGUCUUCAAACCUCGUGCUGCUAAGAACCGGUUCUCCGAAGAGCAGGAUAUCAACAAUAACGUGGAGAAACACUGGACAAUCCAUGGCUUAGAAAAUGAUGAUACCAAAUUGUGUGAUGUGGACAAGAAGCAGACAGAGAUGCCGCCCGCGCCCAGCUCAGCGAAGGCCGGUGAUGGCAGAGAGAACCCACCCCCAAAUGGUAUCAAAACUUCAAACCAAAUUUCAGGAUGUCCAAGACAUGUGAAAGUAAGAAACUUGGAAAAUGGAUCCAGCUUUCUCGAUACACUACACCUGACAGCAAAGGAGGUUAUCAACUGCCGGACCAAAGCCUGCCAAGGGGCACUCAUGACCCCCAAGGGCCUGGUGAAAGGUUCCAGAGAUGGGCCGGUUCCACCCCAAGAGCUUUUGCCUCAGGCGAUAGACUUUGUCAAGCAGUACUACAGCUCAUUUAAAGAGCCAAAAAUAGAAGAACACCUGGCCCGACUGGAAACAGUGACCAAGGAGAUCGAAACAACAGGAACCUACCAGCUGACCAAGGAUGAGCUGAUCUUCGCUGCCAAGCAGGCCUGGCGGAACGCGCCCAGGUGCAUUGGGAGGAUCCAGUGGUCCAACCUGCAGGUAUUUGAUGCACGUGAUUGUAAGACAGCAAAGGAAAUGUUCGAGCAUCUCUGUCGUCACAUUCAGUAUGCCACAAACAAUGGAAACAUAAGGUCAGCCAUCACUGUCUUCCCCCAGAGGACUGACGGGAAACACGACUUCCGUGUUUGGAACAGCCAGCUGGUCCGAUACGCUGGGUACCAAAUGCCAGAUGGGUCUGUUGUGGGAGACCCGGCCAGCGUGGAGUUCACUCAGUUGUGCAUUGAGCUUGGGUGGAAGCCGAAGUACGGCCGCUUUGAUGUAGUUCCACUUGUUCUUCAAGCAAAUGGCCAGGACCCAGAAAUAUUUGAAAUCCCUCCAGAAAUUGUCCUUGAAGUGCCAAUGGAACAUCCAAAGUAUGAAUGGUUUAAGGAGCUGGAUCUGAAGUGGUACGCGCUGCCGGCUGUUGCCAACAUGCUUCUUGAGGUGGGAGGCCUGGAAUUCACGGCGUGUCCCUUCAACGGCUGGUACAUGGGUACGGAGAUAGGAGUGCGAGACUUCUGCGACGUGCAGCGGUACAACAUCCUGCAGGAGGUAGGAAGAAGAAUGGGUCUGGAAACAAACAAACUUUCAUCCUUAUGGAAAGACCGAGCUGUUGUAGAGAUAAAUGUGGCUGUGCUUUACAGCUUCCAAAAACAGAACGUGACUAUCAUGGAUCACCACUCGGCUGCCGAGUCCUUCAUGAAGUACAUGCAGAGCGAGUACCGAGCGCGGGGAGGCUGCCCGGCCGACUGGGUGUGGAUCGUGCCUCCCAUGUCAGGGAGCAUCACUCCCGUGUUCCACCAGGAGAUGCUCAACUAUGUCCUCACUCCCUUCUAUUACUACCAGGUGGACGCAUGGAAAACACAUAUCUGGCAUGAUGAGACCCGGCGGCCAAAGAAAAAGGAAGUAAAGUUUAGCAUCUUGGCAAAGGCCGUCCUCUUUGCAUCUUCACUCAUGCGACGAACAAUGGCAACCAGGCCCAAGGCAACUGUACUCUAUGCAACAGAGACCGGGAAAUCAGAAACACUGGCCCACAACCUGUGUAGCCUGUUUAACCGUGCCUUCAGCACCAAGAUUCUGUGCAUGGAUGAGUACAACAUCAGUGACCUGGAAGAAGAAACCCUUCUCUUAGUGGUUACGAGCACCUUUGGAAAUGGAGAUUCUCCAAAUAACGGCAAGACCUUGAAGAACUCCUUGCUCAAUCUGAAAGUGCUGAGGAAAAAAAUUAGAUAUGCUGUGUUUGGUUUGGGGUCCAGCAUGUACCCGGAGUUCUGUGCCUUUGCUCAUGACAUUGACCAAAAACUGGCGGAGCUGGGGGCUGCUCAGCUCACGGCCAUAGGGGAAGGAGAUGAGCUCAACGGGCAAGAAGAGGCCUUUCGCACAUGGGCAGUCGGUGCCUUCAAGACUGCCUGUGAUGUUUUUAACAUCCGUGGGAGAGCCAGUAUUCAGCUGCCUGAGCUGUACACCUGUGCUGAGCGCUGGGACCCCAAGAGCUACAGGGUAGUGCAUGACCCUCAGACCAUGGACUUGACUAAAGCGCUUGCAAGCAUUCACGCCAAGGAUGUAAUUCCCAUGAAGCUGAAAUUCAGACGGAAUCUUCAAAGUUUAAAAUCCAGUCGAGUGACCAUUCUAGUGAAGCUUUCCUGCGAGGCCGGUCGGGAAGUGCGCUACCUGCCCGGAGAACAUAUCGGGAUUUUCCCAGGCAACCAGCCACAAUUAGUCAGUGGCCUCAUUGCACAUGUCAAGGAUGCCCCUCCAGCUGAUCAGGCUGUCAGACUGGAAACCUGCGUGGCUGGUGGCUACUGGACAAGUGACAGGAAGAUUCCGGCCUGCACGCUCUCUGAGGCUUUGACAUACUUGCUCGAUAUCACCACUCCACCCUCCCAACAGCUGCUAAAAAACCUCUCCCAGCUGGUGACAGCGGAAGGCGACAAGCAGAGACUGCAAGUUUUGUGUCAGAGCACGGAAGAAUACAAUAAGUGGAAGUUUCACAACAGCCCGAACAUCCUGGAGGUCCUGGAGGAGUUUCCCUCUGCCGAGGUCUCCACGGCUUUCCUGCUGACGCAGCUGCCGCUCCUGAAGCCCAGGUACUAUUCCGUCAGCUCCUCCUGCGACAUGACGCCCGGAGAGAUCCACCUGACCGUUGCGGUUGUACGCUACAGGACAAGGGAUGGACAAGGGCCUUUGCACCAUGGAGUCUGCAGCACGUGGCUGAAUACAAUAGCUCUCAAUGACGUAGUUCCAUGCUUUAUACGCAGUGCUAAUGAAUUCCAGCUCCCAGAGGAGCCAACCAAGCCGUGCAUUCUGAUCGGCCCAGGAACAGGAAUCGCUCCCUUCAGGAGUUUCUGGCUGCAGCGUCUGUGUGACAUGGAGAAGAAAGGGAUCAAAGGUGGUGACAUGACGUUAUUGUUUGGCUGCCGGCAGCCAGACAUGGAUCACAUCUACAAAGAAGAAACGGAGGAAAUGAAGAGGAAGGGAGUCCUGAAAGACAUCUACACAGCUUACUCCAGACAGCCUGGCCAAGCUAAGGUUUAUGUCCAAGAUAUUCUUCAAAGCAAGCUGGAGACCAAAGUGUACAACCUUGUGCAUAAGGAGGAAGGGCACCUGUAUGUCUGCGGAGACGUGCGCAUGGCCAGGGACGUUGCUCAGACUUUGAAAGGGAUGUUUGCAAAGAAGCUGAACCUCAGCGAGCAGCAGGCAGAGGAGUAUUUCUUCCAGCUAAAGAGCCAGAAGCGAUACCAUGAAGACAUAUUUGGGGCUGUAUUCCCAGCUGAAGUCAAAAGUGGUGUAAGAGCUUUGCAAUCCGCCGGUCCAAGAACAAAUCAACCUACGUUUUAGACAAUGCUUGCACAUUUGUUGUUAUUUUCAAAAAACAAGGGGUCAAAUCCUCUUUCUUAUACAUGUGACAUCAUACACAUGUAUACGAUUGUAGGAUUUGACCUCUAAACCUCAGCCUUAAUUACAAAAAAUAUUAAAUUUAACUUUUGCUGCUAUUUAUUCUGACAUUUCUUUUAAUAGAUUAUCUUAAUAGUUAAGAUGCAAAUUAUUUUAAUACUGUUUCUACUAGUAUAAAACUACUAUUUUUUGUAAAUACAAAGAAAAUUUAGAGUUUUUUACCAUGUAAGCUAGAACUGAAUUAUUUUUGAAAUGUACUGUUUAUCUUUGAACUUAUUUAUAUCAGAUUUUUUUACUCUGCAUAUUAUCUUCACUUUCAAGUGAGUAAACGGAUGGUUGUGUCACUUGGAAAUAUACAGUCACACGCCUUAUUGAAUCUGAAGCAACAUUUGCAAACAAGAUAAUAAUAUAAUGGUUCCUAAGUGUUCACACUUGCUGCACACACUUCCAGGGUACGUAUGUGUGGGGCAGCAGGUCUGAAUUCUGCUUUGUGUGAUUCGGGUACUCGAACCCGAAUUGUUAGAGCCUAUGGAGUACAGUUCAGAAAACUCAAAAGCACUUUGUACAUUUGAAUUCUAUGCUCUGAUGUGCUUGAUUUGUUUUUAAUAAAAGAUGCCUUUAUAUUGAGAC